AUGGAGGCUCGCUAUCCUACGUUCCUCACGGCUAUCUUGAUCCGGUGCAACUCCGAGUCCGAGUCACUGCAGGAUUCGUUUACGAAAUGUCAUCGUUAUAUGAAAGAUGUUAUUCGUGUGGUCGGGAAACAGGAGGAUCGCUAUUCUGUUCGUCAUAUUGUCGUUCGAUCUCCACAGACCCUUCAUGCAUGCCGCAUGAUCGUCAGGCACCUUCUACUUGCGACCCGUACGCCACCUCAUACUGCAGAGGAUCCUCCCGCGGAGCAGAUUUUCCACUUUGAAAAACAGUCUCGGCACGGCAACAAGUCCUAUGAUCCGACCAAAAAUGCUACUCGUCAGAGUGGUUGCGGAUCGAUUCCCUGCGAUAUUCAAAAUAAUAUGAACGACUACAUUUCAUCCUUUAACCCAAGGUCUCACCACAGCGUGUUGGAUAUCCCUUUAACAAAGAAAUGCAGUGACACAAGCUUAGAAAGCCUAAGCCCUUGA